GCUCUUGCGCAUUUCCAACUCAUAGAUUUUUUUAUUUAGACUUAUUUUUAUUUGUGAAUUGUAUUGAAACUUGUGUUAAUUAGGCCAUUUUUUGGGUUAAAUUGUGUUUAAUAAAAUAAUGAGUGAUGAAGACAUGGAUAUGGAAAUCGAGUCGGAUGCGGACAAAAGAGCCCAUCACAAUGCUUUGGAAAGGAAAAGGAGAGAUCAUAUCAAGGACAGUUUCUCAAGUCUAAGAGACUCUGUUCCAUCACUUCGUGGAGAAAAGGCUUCUCGAGCACAAAUAUUGAAAAAAGCAGCCGAGUACAUCCAACUUAUGAGGAAAAAGAAUUCUAUCCAUCAACAGGACAUUGAUGAACUGAAAAGACAGAACAAAGUUUUGGAGGAGCAAAUCGCUCAGAUUCUGGCCAAUUACACUGUUAAUGAACCGAGCUGAGAGAUCAAGUGACAGUUCUGGAAGCAAAACAACAUAAACUCUUCAUGUGUGUUUUGUGUUUACUUUUUUUCUGAUUUCAAUCUCAGCUUAAUCUCUGUCAGAUCUUUCGUGAGAAAACAAAAAUAAGACAACAUCUAAUAAUUUGUAAAAAAAAAUACAUGUGACGAUAUCAAAUUAAAUUAGAUAACUCUGAGUAAACCAACAAACAAAAAAGAUAAAACCAAUUGGGCAAUUUAGCCCACUGGGAGCACGAAAAAUGUUCAAAAUAAAUCGAAUCAAUUUAACACAAACUAAA